AUGGAGGUGGCGGGAUUGGGCAUGAGCCAGGCCGACCACCAGCCCCUCCGGCUCUUUGUGGACAGCUGUGUGGCCACCCUGGUGCCUGACCAGACCUCUACCCCCAGAUAUGCCUUCAUUGAGAAUCAUGGGUGCCUGACUGAUGCCAAAACUACAGGCUCCAGUUCUCGGUUCAUGCCAAGACCCCAGGACAGCAAGUUGAGGAUGAAGCUGGAUGCCUUCAGGUUCUAUCAAGAUGCCAGGAGCUCAAUCUACAUCACCUGCCUUCUGAAGGUGACUGCUGCUUCCCAGAGUGUGGACUCCGUGAACAAGGCCUGCUACACUACUGGGAAUAUGUGGACGUCUGUGGAUGGGAGUGAUCAGGUGUGCAGCUGCUGUGACUCCAGCUGUCCUACUACCAAAUCCAGGCACUGGAUGAGAAUGAAGAGGGAUCUGGGAUCUAAAGAGGUUGCAGCUGCUGAGUGGGAAGGCGAUGCCACAGUUGGUCCUCUGUUUGUGCUGGGAGAGCAGGCUGUUGACCGCCCAGCAGAGGUGAAAGGUCAGAGGUCUCAGCUGAGAGCACAGGAGGAAGGUGAUGUAACAGGAGUGUCUGCUGAGCCUGUGAUCCUGGCUGCUCUGGGGGCAGUGGUGGGGCUGGUUUGUGUGGCUGCGCUGGGGACUAUCCUUUACAGGAGACUGCAGAGUAAAUCCACUGAGCUAACUGUGGAGAAAUAAAGGAGGGAUUGGAAACUGUC